AAGUCACCUCAGUCCCAUGGUCAACAGAGCUAGUGAGCAGCUAGCAGAGCUAGCAUGGUCAUAGAGGAGCCGGAGGAAGGUCGACAGUAGGACAGCAGCAGCUCUCAUCACUCAGUGGAUUUAGUUAUCUGACAACAUCGUGCAAACAGACGAAGGCAGCACGUGGUUUUGUUUUAACUCAGUGGUUUUAAAGUCCUUACCUAGCAUUAGCUAACAGUUAGCCAGCUAGCUUCUAGUUCCUCUCAGUCUUCACCUCAUCUGAUCAUCUACAGUCAUCAACCAUGGCUGCUCUGAGAGCCUCCUACCACAGGAUCCUGGACAAGGUCGAGCACAUGCUGCCUGCCAAGCUGAGACCUCUAUACAACCACCCAGCAGGUCCAAAAACAGUGUUCUUCUGGGCCCCGAUGUUUAAAUGGGGUCUGGUUGGAGCUGGAUUGGCUGAUAUGACUCGACCAGCAGACAAACUCAGUACCUCCCAGUCUGCAGUGCUGACAGCCACAGGCCUGAUCUGGUCCAGAUACUCGUUGGUCAUAAUCCCGAAGAACUGGAACCUGUUUUGUGUCAACUUCUUUGUCGGCAGCGCAGGAGCCUCCCAGCUCUACAGGAUCUGGAGGUACAAACAGGACCAGAAGGCUUUAGAGGCUGCAAAGGCUGCAGAGCCUACAGAGGCUAAAGAAGAGGUUGCAGAGUCCUGAGUGCUCUUCUGCUGCUGGUGCUCCACUUCCCUCAGUGGACAGAAAGGGAGACUUCACACCGGGCACAAAGCCGCCCCUUUCCCAUCAUCUCUACAUCGUCCCAUGUCGUCUCCAUAGCACCCACGCCAUAACAAGUUAUUCUGCCACAUUAAGCCUGUUGUCCCUGUUGGAAAUGUGCACUUUUCCUUGAGUUUCAAAUUUCCUCAGGGUGUAAAAAACUAAUUGAAGAGACAGGACGUUUUUUUGAACUGUAGUCAACACACACUCAAGAAGUGUCAUGUCAUGAACGCACAAGUAUUACCUGUUCAACAACUUGUAUGAUUGUACAUCCGUUAAUUUAAGUUAAUGCUUAAUGUCUUUGUGCACUGAAGUUUUUGCUUUUUUCCAUCAUCGUAUUUCAGGCGUAGCAAUCAGUACCUCAUGCAUUUAUUUCCCAAAAAACAAAAGUGACUCUUGGAUUUGUGUUGAAUGUGGUUUAAGGGAUUGUUUCCCUGAAUGAGAUUGAGAGGGAUUUCAUCACAUUAAUCUUUUCAUUUACUUAUUUAUAAUUAGGCUACAGUUACGGCAUUUGUACCUCAGUGAUUAUUAAAUCAUUAUUGAUUACCAUGUAAUGAUUCCUUCCAUUUUAAUGGCUUCAAUCUGUGUGAGAGCAAAUCAUAAUUUAUUAAUCACUUGAUUAAAACAUGUCUCUUGUAGUGGAAACGGUAUAGAAAGACUGUUAUUUUCUGAUUCUCUAUCAGGAAUACUUACACCAAUGUCACACAUUUAACCUGUGCAGCUUUUUAGAGAUUGUUAGUCAUUCUAACAGCUCUUUAUUACCAAAAUAUUACUCUUGAAUGCCUCUUUGUUCAUAGAAAGGUGUUUCUAUUUUUGUCUGUGUAGGAAUAGUCCUUUCAUUGACCCGUUCCCACUAUAGUUACACAUAAUCUGAAUAUUUAAGCAAUAAUUUGUGUCAUCACUUUUAAACAUUUCUUGAUCUGCUGACUGUUUGAACAAAUGGCACUUUGACGGUCGAUCAUUAUGGCUCUGUAAUAGCUGUGCAAUGCUAAUAAACCCUGUUUAACAUCU